GAACGCCAAUCUUCCCCAUUCGACUAUUCAUCUUGAUGAUUGCCAGAGCUAUGGUCGCCAUCAUCUUUCUAAUGCUUAGAUGCGAAGCCGGUGCAGGUGGAAACCUUCAGUGGUCUCUGCCCAGGUUUCUGGGAAGCCUUCUGUUGUUCCGUGGUGGGAAAAAGAAGCAAGAUAGUAGCAAGAUGUGCCGGCAAAAGGUUUGCUCAUAUUUUGACUAAAGCGCUUUGGUUGUGGAGGUCAUAAAAGGAACUUGGAAGACCUCUUUUGCAGAGACCUUCAUUUCAUUCAUUUGCUUGAACAGUUUCUAUCUACAAAUCUAUCUAUCGAUCUAUCUUUCUGAGACCAUGUCUUCAUCUCCAGCGUCCUCAGCUCGAGCGGGAGGAGAAGGUGCCGUGGAAGUGUUGAGUAUGAGUACGAACAGCGGUUCCGAUGACGACUACGACGGUAAGACGGUUUCGUCGGGAGCAGGAGACAAUGAUUCUUCCAUGACGACGACGACGACGAAUACAGCGAACAUGUCUCGCGAAGAUGAGAUCAAAACGCAGUCAAUGAACAUUGAAAAGACUACCAAGCGCACCGUUCUGAUGGCUGCCUUGGUGACCAUCAUGGGUGCAGUAGCUGCCGUGAGUUUUCUCUUUGUGGCCAUUACCAAUGAACAGGAGGAAAAGGAGUCUUUGUUUCUUCGUCGUGCCACUGACUUGGCGGAAAGCAUUGACAUUAGCUGGCGUGACUAUGAGACGGCGGCCCUGUGGGUGCACAAUGCGUGUCACAAUUGGAGGGCUUCCGGCUACAACCGUGAUGACUUCAAAGAUCUAUUCCAGUACCUGGACAGCUCUGGACUUGACUUUUUUGUCAUUGAGUGGGUCCCCAACAUUACUCAAGCCGAAAGACCUCUGAUUGAGAAUGCCACUCGAGAAUACUACCGUGAUGACCCCAGGAACUUUUAUAGUGGUGGAUUUACUGGCAUGGAACCGGUACCAGGUGGUGAAGAAGGUGAGAUUGCACAGCUUAACCGAUCCGAGCAACCCUUUUACUUCCCCAUCCAUUUUGUUGAGCCCUGGCAAAAUGGAGGCUUUGCCACCCAUUUGGAUUUGUGGAGUAUUGGAUAUGAGCAACCCGUCAUCCGCACGGCAUUGGAGCAAGUUGUCCCUGUCAUGACUGCCCGCUUCGUCCUUGUUCCUCACACCCUCGAGAAAGAUGGGUACUCUGUCGUCCUCUACCAUCCUGGAAAACCCGUGUCGAUUGAAAACAAUGACACACAUCCUGUGGACCUGAGCAACAUCAUUGUUCAGAUCAACUCCCUUUUGGCUCGAGCUGCUAGUGCACAGGGAGUGAGCUUGGGGGCCUACCUCUACGACUCCACCAUCACCGAAAUGGAUCCUGAGCUCCCCCCUGAAUUCAUGGGUGGAAUCAAGAUUGAUGUCACAACUUCUACCAUCAAGAAUGGAAUGGACUCUCAAGAACUGGACAAUCGGACAUUGUCAAAAUUCCCCGAAAUCCCGCUGGCGGAACUGGAGCAGCAGAGCGAUCCCAACUUGUACUAUCAGCACAACAUCUUUGUGGGACAACGUUCAUGGAAAGUUGUGGUGGUGCCUGUGGAUGACUCGUAUGAACCAGCGAUUAUGUUGGCAGUUCUAAGUGGUGUCAUGAUCUUUGUUGCAGCAUUCUUGCUCUCCAUCUGGAUGCUCCACAACAUGAGAAAGUCCAUCAAGAUGAAUCGUAUCCUCUCUGAAGCGGCUGCUGAAGCAGCCAUUGUCUCUAACUUGUUCCCUGCCAACGUCCGCGAACGCAUGAUUCAAGAUGCCAAGAAUCGAAACAAUUUAGUUGGGGCGUCCAGGAAAGAAGAUGUCUUCCUCAAGGACGGUGUUGGAGGAGGACAGCAUGGACUGGCUGAAAACAAGCUUGGUGGCUACCUAUCCAGUGAGGGGAUCUUUGGAAGCAAACCCAUUGCAGAAUUGCACCCAUACACGACCAUCAUGUUUGCUGAUCUCGUGGGCUUUACGGCGUGGUCAUCUGUCCGCGAGCCGUAUCAGGUGUUUACCUUGCUGGAAAUUCUGUAUCAUUCGUAUGACAACAUUGCGGCACGCCGGCGAGUUUUCAAGGUUGAGACAGUCGGUGAUUGCUACGUUGCUGUCUGCGGGCUUCCUGAGAGGCGCAAAGAUCAUGCCGUUGUCAUGGCCCGCUUUGCUACAGACUGCCUUUACCGCAUGCACAAGCUGGUAAAAGCUCUAGAGGUGUCGCUAGGCCCGGACACUGGAGACUUGAGUCUUCGAGUUGGGCUUCAUUCAGGCCAAGUAACGGCUGGAGUCCUACGAGGAGACAAAGGUCGUUUCCAGUUGUUUGGUGACACAAUGAACACAGCUAGCCGCAUGGAAUCAACGGGAGUCCGCAAUAAGAUCCAAGUGUCUCAAGAGACUGCAGACCACCUCAAGGAUUCGGGAAAGGAGGAUUGGUUGGUGCCGAGGAAAGAAAUGAUCACCGCAAAGGGAAAAGGAACCCUUCAAACUUACUUUCUCAAGACUUUGUCAGGAUCACAACAGUCUGCUGAGUUUGAUGAACGAGUGACCCGCGGAUCCAAUUUUGUCGUGCCCAGAGAUCAGGGCAACCUAAGAAUUAUGGAAAACACCAAGAUGCAGCGUCUGGUUGAUUGGAAUGCCGAGGUGCUUGGCCAACUACUCAAGCGCAUUGUGGCCCGCCGAGCUGCAGCGAUGGUUGAGCGGAAGGACUAUGUCGCAGAUUUCCAUCAACAUGGCGAUGCUCGAAUGCCACUUGAUGAGGUUGUCCCAAUUAUCAAGCUCCCUGAUCUGGAUCGUAAAGCCAUUAAGAAGCAGGUAGAUCCAGAGCGCAUCGAACUCGAUGCAGAGGUUGUGGGUCAAUUGCGAGACUUGGUUACAAGCAUUGCUGGGGAGUAUCACACAAACCCGUUCCACAACUUUGAACACGCUUCACAUGUAUGCAUGAGUGUUCAGAAGAUGCUCUCACGCAUCAUUAAUCCAACGGAAAUCCAUCUGAAGAAACACAAGGGCGACUAUGAGGAUGAAUCCAAAUUGGAGUCUGAACUGCAUGAUCAUACUUUUGGAAUCACCUCGGAUCCCCUUACCCAUUUUGCUUGUGCAUUCAGUGCAUUGAUUCAUGAUUUGGAUCACCAGGGUGUACCCAACUCAGUCCUGAUGAACGAAGGGAGCCCCCUUGUCAAGAAAUACCACGAAAAGAGCCUUGCUGAGCAGAACUCCAUCGAUUUGACAUGGGAAAUUCUUGCAGAUCCCAAGUAUGACAAACUUCUCAAAACAAUCUGCUGCGAUGAGCUUGAUUUCAGAAGGUUCCGCGAGCUGGUGGUCAAUUCCGUGUGUGCCACAGACAUCAUGGACAAGCAACUGGGUGGAGCUAGGAAGGCUCGUUGGGAAGUGGCCUUUAACGAAGAACCCAAAGAGGAGCCCAAGGCGACUACAGUCAACCGCAAGGCUACAAUCGUGCUCGAGCACUUGAUCCAAGCUUCAGAUGUGUCCCACACUAUGCAGCAUUGGCAUAUUUAUGCCAAAUGGAACCAACGACUCUUUAUGGAGCUCUACAAGGCCUACAAGGCUGGCCGUUUGGAAAAAGAUCCAAGCAUUGGCUGGUAUGAGGGAGAGAUGGGAUUCUUUGAUUUCUACAUCAUCCCAUUGGCAAAGAAGCUCUUCAAAUGUGGUGUGUUCGGUGUUAGCAGUGACGAGUUCUUGAACUAUGCCCAGAUCAAUCGCAAGGAGUGGGAAAAGAAGGGAGCCCAACUGGUCCAGAAGUACUUGAGGGACUAUGAAGAAGAUUUUGGGACGGCACCUGAUGGGCGUCUGUGCUACGAUAGCUGUGUGAGUGAAGAUGAAUUUGACGACGAAUCGGUGGGAGGUGACGACGCGGCAUCUUGUGACUGCUGAACAAGACCGGAGGACAAACUACUUUGCCAAAGGUUGCGAUGUGGCAACCGAAAAAUGGGCGAGAAACAAGUCUGCCCAUGAAAGACAGACCGGCCCGUAUCCUGGGCCUGCAUUUUCUAUAUUCUGCAUGUAAAUCACAUUUGCUUCUGAAGACAGACUUGUCUUGGUCUGGCUCUUCGAUGCGCCUGCAUGUACAUCACACUCUACCUCGUAAGGCAGACUGGCCCGUAUCAUGGGCCUGCAUCUUCCGAAGUUGGGGUGUAAUCAAAUUUUAGCAACCUA